CUCCAAUAGAUUGAGCAGGUCAGAACCAGAUUCAGAUUGCAGAGCAAGUGAAGCAAGCGUUCGAGUUACAAGAAAUAUGCAGGGACUGCAAGUACUUAGCCUUUUGUUGGCCAUUGUGAGCCUGGCCAGCUGUCGUUCGGUGGUGCGCCGUGAUGUUAGCCACCUGCCGCUGGAGUACCUGCCCCCGGUGGUGCUGCCACCUGUGCCCAGUCGCGAUUACUUGCCGCCGGUGGAGCAGCAUGCGGCCUCAUUGAACCAUGUCCUCCAGCCGCCGCGCGAUUAUCUGCCUCCUCCGCCGCUCAACAACGAGUAUCUGCCUCCUGUGGUUAAGCAGCCGGAGGAGGAGGAGGAGGUGGCCACCACAACGGAGGUGAUAAUUCCCGAGGAAACCACCACAGCGGAGCCCACCACCACCGAGGCAGUUAUCAUCACCACGGAAGCGCCGCAGGAGGAGGAGAUCAUAACGGAACCGCAGGAGCAGGUGGAGGUGAAAACCGUGGAGGAGGAGGAGGAGCAACCCGAGAAGGAGGUGGAGUCCGCGGUGCUCCUGGAUGAUGGCUACCACUAUCGCACUCCCUCCGUGGUUCCCGAUCUGCUGCCCGUGAAGGAGUACCUGCCUCCUCUGGACGGCAAUGCGGUGGUGGAGGAGCUGCCCAACGGAGAGGAGGACUCCUCCGCCCUCCUGGACGAUGGCUACCACUAUCGCUCGGUGAAGCGACUCCGCUUCUAGUCCCCCAAACACUCACUCUAUUCCACUACGAAUUUCUGUUCUGUUCUGUGCGACAAUUGUUGUUUAAUUUUACAAAAUACAUAGACAAAUAUUUUCACGA